AGGCGCCUCCAGGCAGGGACACACCCAGGGGGAGGAGCUGCCUUCAUAGCAGGUCCCAGCCAAGCCUAGCUGAGGGCUCCCUUCUCUGAGCCUCUGCUGCUCGCCGAGGACCAGCAUGGCCCAGGGGAGUCCUGCCUCCGCCUUGGAUCCCAAGAGCAUCCAGGAGCUGGUGCUCUGCUCCCACGAGGCCAAGAAGUUCGCCUACUGUCCCUACAGUCACUUCCGUGUCGGGGCUGCUGUCCUCACCAGCGAAGGGAAGAUCUUCUCAGGGUGCAACGUCGAAAACUCUUCCUACCCACUGGGCAACUGUGCUGAACGGACGGCUAUCCAGAAGGCUGUCUCCGAAGGGCACAAAGUUUUCAAGGCAAUCGCUGUCGCCAGUGACGUGCAAGACGAGUUUAUUGCACCCUGUGGGGCCUGCAGGCAAGUCAUGAGAGAGUUUGGCACCAAGUGGGACGUCUACCUGACCAAGCCAGAUGGCACCUAUGUCGUCCACACAGUCCAGGACCUGCUGCCUGUCUCCUUUGGGCCCGAGGACCUGCAGAAGCCGAAGUGAAAGACGAAGAAGGCCCGCUGCCCCAUCAAGUUCACGAACACGUUCUCACAGACCUGGCACACCUCCAGAUGGGCCCGGCCCCCCGGGGGCUGGGCAGAGGUGGCUUCUCCAAAUGACACUCAAGCAUUGCCAUCCCAGUCCAGCCUGCGCCAUAGCCCCUCCUUGUAACCUACCUUUCCCCCCCUAGACAAGAGCACCCCAUUCCUUCCUUCCCUUCCUGUGGGCCCUCAUUAAAAUUCCAGCCAAGUCUGAACUGCUUCUGCAUUAGCCUUCUCGAGGUUCUAUCCUGUUCCCAGCGACUUUCCAGAUUACAAACAUCACAGCACAGCCAGACUCAGGGAAGUACAUUUUGCUCCGUCUCUUUCCUUGCUCGCGGCUCCUGGGAGGGCCCGGGCCGUUGGUCUGCACCGAGAGCCCUGCGCUGCAGACCCGCCCGCAUGGAGAGAGAAAGGUUUCUGGCUGCUGGCCACUGUGUUCUGCAGAUGGGCGGCCCCCCAGGGCUGGCCCUGGCAGUGCCCAUUUCUAAUGUGUGUUUUGGUCUCCUCCUCCUCACAGCUGAGGGGGUGGGGCUUCAGUGAGGUUAAGGAACAUGCUCCAGCACUCUGGCAAAGUUCAGGCCAGAAUCCAGGUCUCGUGACUCCCACUAUGGUCUAGAAACACUGCAUGCUCUUCGCCGGGCACCGUGCUGAGCUGUUCAACAUACAUGAACCCAUUUAGUCCUCCCUUACCAAGCUCUGAGCAUAUUGCCCUCACUUUAGCAAUGAAUAAACCAAAGC